AUGCGGCUAUCUAGAUUCCUCGUCGCUACGUAUCUCCUGCUCGUCGGAAGCGCCUUUGCCCUUCGAGCAGCAACAGGUCACGCCGCCGGCAUCAUGGCCAACGGUGCUCGAGAUCUGAACCAGCCACCUGCAAGACUAGGUCAGAGGGCUCCUCCUGUUCGCGUUGCAAAGACCCGCGUGCGCACGAGGCCAACAAGAGCAAAAGGAUGGUCUGGGAAACGCGAGAAGAGCAAAAAGCCCCCGAAGAAACCCGCGCCAGCUCCAGGGCCUCCGAGCCAAGAUCUCCUGCGCGGCGGGAAAUGCGGGAAAGGACUCGGGAAUAGCGCUGGACACUGUUCAUUUGUCGUAAACCAGAAGCGCACAUUCCUCCCCUGCUGCCCUGAGGAAAAGCUGAAGACAAUGAUGCGAACUGUCGCGAGCGCAGCCCUUCUUGUUGGGCAAGCUUUCGCAUAUGACCAGCUCCUCAACUUCAAAGCUGCGCCUGUAUACGAAAACCGCUCUCUGGACGAAAUUCACCAAGCUGCCCUGAAGGAAGGCGGAGUUGUCACCGUAUGGCACGGUGGUGAUGAGGCCAAUCAGCAGGACGCGCUUAAGCAAGCUUUCGAGACCCGGUUCCCAGGAAUGACCCUGAACAUUACUGUCGAUCUCUCUAAGUAUCACGAUGGUCGUCUCGAUCAGCAGCUUGGAGAGGGUAAUGUCUAUGUUGACAGUAUUAUCCUCCAAACGCUCCAUGACUACCCCCGUUGGGCUCAGGAAGGCGCCCUGUUGAGCUACGCCCCCGUCGGCUUCGAUCAGAUUGAACACUCCUUCAAGGAUGACACUGCUGCCUGGUAUGGCCUGUAUGUCUUCUUCUGGUCUGGGGCUUUUAACACCGAGAAGCUGCCUGGGAUCGAACCUCCUGUUGAAUGGAAUGACUGGCUGCGCCCUGAGUUCAAGGACAAGCUUGUCAUCACCUACCCGAACGACGAUGAUGCUGUGACAUGGGCAUUCUAUCUUGUGAUGCGUCAAUAUGGCACUGAAUGGUUUGAUAAGGUGAUCGCUCAGAACCCUCGCUGGGUCAGGGGAACCCAGACUCCCAGCACCCUGGCCAGCGCCGCCAACAGCACCUCUGCCGCCUUCUUCGCAGGUUUCGGGGGCUUCGGCUCCAGGGGCAACCUCAACUUCACGGUCCCCACGGAGGGCAAGUACGUCUCGUGGCCCCAGACCGGCGCCAUCCUCAAGGACGCCCCCCACCCGGAGGGAGCCAAGCUCCUCCACAACUUCAUCCUCACGCCCGAGUACCAGCAGGCAACCGGCCUGUGGCCUGUCCGUCGGGACGUCGCCCCUCCUGCCGGGUUCCCUGAUCUCUGGACCGCCAACGCCACGAACCCGGCUGAGUUCGCCCGGUUCAUGGCUGAUCGUCCUCUUGUUGAGAGGUUGAGGUUCUUCUUCGAGGCUAAGCUUGGUACUGCCGUGGGUCUUGACCCUAUCGAGGAUGAUAUUUAG